CUUUUUGUGCUCGCGCGAGUCGCAUCUUUGGUGGGCGUGUACCUUCACAUUUUGUCGGUCGUCCCGUGACUUAUUAGCGAAUUUCGUAUUCAAACUUAUAAGCCCAUUAAAAAUAAAAACACCCAUUUCAUUCAAUUUAGUGAGUGGCAAUAAGCAGCGAAAACACAAUCAGUAAAAAAUAAACAGUUAAUGAACAGCGAUUAAAAUCACGCGUCCAACAUUGCGUAUACGCAAUACGGCAAGUGAGUGAGUGCAAGUGAAAUUGUGGGCCAUUGUUUCAGGUCAUUACAACUGGCAUUGGCAUUGACAUUGACAUUGGCAUUCCCCUCCUGGGUGGCUCCCGUCUCAUCCGACGCACUGCACCAGGUCGAGUUUGAAGAGCCAGGCUUCAUGCCCAGAAUGCUGAGCAAAGUUUUCCACGACUUGAAGUUGGCUUAAGAGUUUGCUCUCCUUCCAUUAACGCGCCUGAAUGGAGCUGCACAAUAGCCUUCGGUGGCCUGGUGGCAACGAGAAGAUGUUCUACAUAGCUCCCCAGCAGCCGCUGCUGCGGAACGAGGAUGAUGACUACCCGGAGGGAUCCCUCAUCCUGCCGGACUCCGCAUCCCUUGUAUACAAUACCACUGCACUGCCAACGGGCGAUAAAGAGUCUGGCUAUGAAUAUGGCUCCACAACGACGCUCAGUGGCCUCCAGUUUGAGACCUAUAAUAUCACUGUGAUGAUGAACUUUAGCUGUGACGGCAACGACCUUCAAUCGGAGAACAUUUGGUCCAGUGCCUACUUUAAAACCAUCGUCUACAUGCUGUACAUUCCCAUCUUCAUCUUUGCCCUGAUCGGCAACGGAACAGUGUGUUACAUCGUCUAUUCCACGCCGCGCAUGCGCACGGUCACCAAUUACUUUAUAGCCAGCUUGGCUUUGGGCGACAUCCUGAUGUCCGUCUUCUGUGUUCCGUCGUCCUUCAUCUCGCAGUACAUCCUGAACUACUGGCCCUUUGGCCUGGCCCUCUGCCACUUCGUCAAUUACUCGCAGGCGGUCUCCGUUCUGGUCAGCGCCUACACUUUGGUGGCCAUCAGCAUCGACCGAUACAUAGCCAUCAUGUGGCCACUCAAGCCUCGCAUCACAAAACGCUAUGCCACCUACAUCAUCGGCGGCGUUUGGUUUAUCGCACUUGCCACCGCACUUCCCAUACCCAUCGUCUCUGGACUUCACAUCCCCAUGUCGCCGUGGCACGAGAAAUGUGAGAAAUACAUUUGCCGCGAGAUGUGGCCGUCGCGGACGCAGGAGUACUACUACACCCUCUCCCUCUUCGGGCUGCAGUUCGUCGUGCCGCUGGGUGUGCUCAUCUUCACCUACACCCGGAUCACCAUCCGCGUCUGGGGUAAAAAACCGCCAGGCGAGGCGGAAACCAGCCGCGACCAGCGGAUGGCACGCUCCAAACGGAAGAUGGUCAAGAUGAUGCUGACGGUGGUGGUUGUGUUCACCAGCUGCUGGCUGCCCUUCAAUAUUUUGCAGGUGGGUUCUUCGCUUCCUGUGAAAAAUCAACAUUUACCUCGGAUUUAUUUUCCAAAGCUUUUGCUGAACGACGAGGAGUUCACGCGCUGGGAACCACUGCCGUACGUGUGGUUCGCCUUCCACUGGCUGGCCAUGUCGCACAGCUGCUACAACCCGAUCAUCUACUGCUACAUGAACGCCCGUUUCAGGAGCGGAUUCGUCCAGCUGAUGCACCGUGUGCCGGGCCUGCCUCGCUGCUGCUGCCUGAAUCGCUUUCUGCGGAGUGGCGGCGAUCGCAUGAACGAAGCUUCCGGUGAGAUGCCCACGAAGUACCAUCGCCAAGUCGGCGAUGCCCUACUCCGGAAACCCAAAAUACGCAUUAGGAACGGGUCCAGCACUUCAGCUCAAUCGAAUGAACACAUCCACCACUUACAUCAGCGCUCGUCGAAAGCCACGAGCGAUUUCUUUGCGAGCGAACCCAUUGUCGUGCGUCGAGACGUCACCGCUGCGGUAGCUGCCACACCAAAAACUGAAACUAAUUCACCUGUGCGGCGAUUGGGAAGCUCAGGUGGAACUCAAGCAAACGGAAAGAGCGCAGCGUUUUGAGUGCGACUACAACGUGAAGCAACAGCAACCAACCAAAGAUCGAAUACCCCAUUUUGCUGAGUGUAUAUGUGUGCGUGUGUGAGUGUCCGAGUGUUUCACCUGUAUUGUAAGUGUCAACUCAAUGUCAUUUUAAUGAAUGUAUAUUAAAGGUAAUUAAUUAAAAGUAUAUACAAUAUUCACAUGCAAGUAAUUUAUAUCGUUAAGAGCAAGUACCCAUUAAGCCCAAAAUAAUGCAAUUUAAAUUGAGCUUUCUUAGCUAUUACAAUUAAAACGUAGCCUACUUA